CAUGGAGGGGGUGUCCCCCCACCCUGCCAACAGUAGCUGGCUGCCCAGCCAGAAUGGGAGCCCUGCUGAGGCCACCCCAGCUGCAAGCCUCACCUUCUCCUCUUACUAUCAGCACUCCUCGCCGGUGGCAGCUAUGUUCAUCGUGGCCUAUGCGCUCAUCUUCCUGCUCUGCAUGGUGGGAAAUGCCCUAGUCUGUUUCACAGUGCUCAAGAACCGGCACAUGCGCACGGUCACCAACAUGUUCAUCCUCAACCUGGCAGUCAGCGACCUGCUGGUGGGCAUCUUCUGCAUGCCCACCACCCUUGUGGACAACCUCAUCACUGGGUGGCCUUUUGACAACGCCACGUGCAAGAUGAGCGGCUUGGUGCAGGGCAUGUCAGUAUCAGCUUCCGUUUUCACACUGGUGGCCAUAGCUGUGGAAAGGUUCCGCUGCAUCGUGCACCCUUUCCGCGAGAAGCUGACCCUGCGGAAGGCGCUGGUCACCAUCGCGGUCAUCUGGACCCUGGCCCUGCUCAUCAUGUGCCCCUCGGCGGUCACGCUGACUGUCACGCGCGAGGAGCAUCACUUCAUGGUGGACGCCCGCAACCGCUCCUAUCCGCUCUACUCGUGUUGGGAGGCCUGGCCCGAGAAGGGCAUGCGUAAGGUCUACACCACUGUGCUCUUCUCACAUAUCUACCUGGCGCCGCUCAUGCUCAUCGUGGUCAUGUAUGCCCGCAUCGCCCGCAAGCUCUUCAAGGCCUCAGGGCCUGCCCGCCCGGGCGAGGAGGCGGCGGGGGAGGGCCGCCUGGGGGCCAGGCGCAAGGCCAGGGUGGUGCACAUGCUAGUCAUGGUAGCGCUGUUCUUCACGCUGUCCUGGUUGCCUCUCUGGGCCCUGCUGCUCCUCAUCGACUACGGGCAGCUCAGUGAGCCACAGCUGCACCUGGUCACGGUCUACGCCUUCCCCUUUGCCCACUGGCUGGCCUUCUUCAACAGCAGCGCCAACCCCAUCAUCUAUGGCUACUUCAACGAGAACUUCCGCCGCAGCUUCCAGGCGGCCUUCCGCGUGCAGCUCUGCCCACUGCAGUGGGGGAGGCAGAAGGAGACCUACUCUAACCCACCCAGUGGGCUUCUGCGCUCCCGGGUCUUCGCGGAGGUGCAGCCCAGUGACUCGGGCCUGCCCUUGGAGUCAGGGCCUAGCAGUGGGGGCCCCAGGCCUGGUGGCCGUCCACUGCGCAAUGGCUGGGUGGCCCACCAUGGCUUGGCAGAGGAGGCUCGGGGUUGCUCCCACCUGCCCCUCACCAUUCCAGCCUGGGAUAUCUGA